GCCAUGAACACCUGCAAGUACAAUGGCGGUGUCGUCCGGCCACUAGUGGGCAGCCUGGCGUCAUCGUCGCGCCGGAACCUGGCCGACCUGGACUCGGAGACGCAGCCUCUGCAGACGCUGCACAGCUCCGGGCUAGAGGUGGUGGUCUCCAAGGGCAACGGCGAAGACCCCAGCAAGGCGUCCAACGAGAGCCUGGUCCGGGAGGGCAGCCGGGGCGGGGGCCGGGCGCCGCAGAAGAAGAACAAGGACAUCGGCUACAAGCUCGGCCACAGGAGGGCGCUGUUCGAGAAGCGGAAACGGCUCAGCGACUACGCGCUCAUCUUUGGGAUGUUUGGGAUCGUCGUCAUGGUGACGGAGACAGAACUGUCCUGGGGGGUUUACACUAAGGAGUCUUCAUACUCAUUUGCACUGAAAUGCCUUAUCAGCCUAUCCACUGUUAUUCUGCUUGGUCUUAUAAUAAUGUACCACGCCCGGGAGAUACAGCUGUUCAUGGUGGACAACGGCGCGGACGACUGGAGGAUAGCCAUGACAUACGAGCGCAUCUUCUUCAUCGUGCUGGAGCUGCUGGUGUGCGCCAUCCACCCCAUCCCGGGUCAGUACGUGUUCACCUGGACCGCCCGCCUCGCCUUCACCUACACCCCCUCCGUUGCCGACGCCGACGUGGACAUCAUCCUCUCCAUCCCCAUGUUCUUCAGACUCUACCUGAUCGGGCGAGUCAUGCUUCUGCACAGCAAGCUCUUCACUGACGCGUCAUCUCGGAGCAUAGGGGCCCUCAACAAGAUCAACUUCAACACGCGCUUCGUCAUGAAAACCCUCAUGACCAUCUGCCCCGGCACCGUCCUCCUCGUCUUCAGCAUCUCAUCGUGGAUCAUCGCCGCGUGGACCGUGCGCGUCUGUGAGAGGUAUCAUGACAAACAGGAAGUGACCAGUAACUUCCUGGGGGCCAUGUGGCUCAUCUCCAUCACCUUCCUGUCCAUCGGCUACGGAGACAUGGUACCACAUACUUACUGUGGCAAAGGCGUGUGCCUGCUCACCGGCAUCAUGGGGGCGGGCUGCACGGCGCUGGUGGUGGCUGUGGUGGCCAGGAAGCUGGAGCUGACCAAGGCUGAGAAGCAUGUCCACAACUUCAUGAUGGACACUCAACUCUGCAAACGAGUAAAGAACACAGCUGCCAAUGUACUCAGGGAAACAUGGCUCAUCUAUAAACACACCAAGCUGGUGAAGAAGAUCGAUCACGCCAAGGUGCGCAAACACCAGCGCAAGUUCCUCCAAGCCAUCCACCAACUGCGCAGUGUGAAGAUGGAGCAGCGGAAACUCAACGACCAGGCGAACACCUUGGUGGACCUGGCGAAGACCCAGAAUGUGAUGUACGAUCUGGUGUCAGAGCUGCAGGAGCGCAGUGAGGAGCUGGACAAACGCAUUGGGACUCUGGAGGACAAACUGGACUCUGUGACGGGCAGCCUGCAGGCCCUGCCCUGCCUCAUCUCACAAGCCAUAUCCCAGCAGCAGCAGGACUUCCUGGACGGCUUCAUGCACCGCUUCAGACCGGCCUCACUGGCCUCAGAGCGCUCCGAACGCUCCGACCGCUCCUGGACUUCCACCACCCGCAGGAGGCGCUCUCCAUCCACAGCCCCCCACACCUCCUCUGACAGCGGAUAG